AUGCCAGCAUUGAGUAAGAAGACGCUGCAAGAGGUUCUGCGGGUGUUCCAGAAGUGGUUCCCGGAGUCGUACGCGGACUCGGCAUGGGAUAACACUGGUCUGUUACUAAACUGUGCCACGGGCGGCACUGGCAGCACUGGCAGCACUGCUGCCCGGGUUCUGCUGACCGUGGACCUCACGCGGGCCGUUGCACAGGAGGCUGUCGACCAACGCUGCAACUUGGUCAUUGCGUACCACCCGUUCGUGUUCCCCAGUUGGCGGUUCAUCGACGGCGACCGGAACCCACAGCACGCCAGUGCCAUCCAGCUGAUCCAGCAGGGGGUGUCCGUGUACUCCCCACACACGGCGAUGGACGCUGCUAGCGGUGGGAUCAACGACUGGCUUGCACUCGGUUGUGUCGCAGCAGACGACCGGGACAAGAUCGUCAGCAUGACGCCCAUUGAAUCCGUGGCUCACAGGGACGCUGAAGACGCCGGGAAAGUAGGCUACGGUCGGCUUGUCUCCUUCAGGGAUCCUACCCCACUGUCCCUACUGAUACAGAACGUCAAGUGCACGCUGGGCGUGGCACACGUCCAGGUUGCACUGCCAGACAGCGUCAGUGACACGUCAGCUGCUCCACCAGUGUCCACAGUGGCGCUGUGCGCUGGCAGCGGCUCCUCCGUGUUCAAGAACAUCCCAGACCCAAACAAGGUAGACGUGUACCUCACCGGGGAACUCUCCCACCACGAGUUGCUCAGGAUCAAAGAGUCCGGAAAGGUCGCCAUCGUGUGUAACCACUCCAACACGGAAAGACGGUACCUCCGCGAAGUGCUCCUGGGCAAACUACAAAGCGAGGGCAUCGAUUGCAUCGUCAGCGAACGUGACAGGGACCCGCUGGUGCUCGCAUGA